CACGUCUACCGUGCCCAGCAAGGUACGGUCAGUUAACUGACUAGAAAAUUGGGUUUUGGAUGGUUCUCACUUCCAAGUUUGCAGCUCGCACUAGAAGAAAACAAAACCAAGCGUAUAACACAAUCACACAGGACAAUAGGACCUUCAAAUUUAAGUUCAUUAUUAUUUUAUCAAGGUCCAAAAUGUUUGCAAACAGAGGUUAAUAGAAUAAUGUAACCAUGACAUAAUACAGAAGUGAACUCUAGCGCAACAGAGCGGCGUACGGAACCAGACUUGGUUGUCUAGAUCAUAGACAUCUUACCGGACAAACUGGGGAAUUGGGUCUGUCUCCAUUUGCAUAAUUCAUGUCAUGGUAAGAAUGCUGUUUGACAGAAGGGUGUGUCCGGGAAGCAACUGCAUUUUCUAUAUAUACCUACGCCUCUGAAGGAUUUAUAGAAUCAUAUUCAGAACAUCAUCAUUACAAGAUUUUUCUUCAGUUGCUAAACCAUGGCAUUAGAAAGUAAAAUCAUCUGUAUCACAUUGCUAAUUAUGGGGGUUUGGGCUUCUCAAGCCUUGUCCCGAACAUUGCACGAAGUUUCUAUGUCUGAGAGGCAUGAGGACUGGAUGGGUCUUUAUGGGCGCACAUACAAGGACAUUGCAGAGAAGGAAAGGCGUUUCAAGAUAUUCAAGGAAAAUGUGGAGUACAUAGAAUCCGUCAACAGUGCUGGGAAUCGACGUUACAAGCUGAGCAUAAACGAAUUUGCAGACCAAACAAAUGAAGAAUUCAAGGCCUCUCGCAAUGGAUACAAUAUGUCUUCCCGUCCAAGGUCAUCAGAAAUUACUUCAUUUAGGUACGAAAAUGUAGCAGCUGUGCCAUCUAGCAUGGACUGGAGGAAGAAAGGGGCUGUUACUCCCAUUAAGGACCAAGGCCAAUGUGGGUGUUGCUGGGCAUUUUCUGCAGUGGCAGCUAUGGAAGGGGUAACCCAGCUCAAAACUGGGGAGCUAAUCUCGUUGUCUGAGCAAGAACUAGUAGACUGCGACACAAGUGGUGAAGAUCAGGGGUGUGGGGGUGGUCUCAUGGACAGCGCAUUUGAAUUUAUCAUAGGCAACGGAGGCCUCACAACUGAAGCAAACUACCCUUACAAGGGAGUAGAUGCAACAUGCAACAAGAAAAAGGCAGCCUCCAGUGCGGCCAAGAUCAAGAACUAUGAAGAUGUGCCUGCCAACAGCGAGGCAGCACUGCUCAAGGCCGUGGCCCAGCAUCCUGUUUCUGUUGCCAUUGAUGCUGGUGGCUCCGACUUCCAGUUUUACUCGAGUGGGGUGUUCACAGGACAGUGUGGAACUGAGCUGGACCAUGGUGUUACUGCAGUUGGAUAUGGGAAAACCGAUGAUGGUACCAAAUACUGGUUGGUUAAGAAUUCGUGGGGCACGGGAUGGGGCGAGGAUGGAUACAUAUGGAUGGAAAGGGACAUUGGUGCUGAUGAAGGUCUUUGUGGGAUUGCCAUGGAAGCAUCAUAUCCAACUGCUUAAUUAGGGUAUGGGUGAAUCAUCAUUUUGGGUUCCCCCUCACUCUCAUCUAUUUCUCCUUGCUUGCAAGAGUGCAUCUGCUCUGUUACUUGUUCUUGGUUGUGUGAAAUAUAUAUGGCUGUAUACUGUUGUGGCUUGUAUAUGCAUUCCUCAACUUCAUUAAUGAAACUGCUUAUCACCUUUCUUUUCA